AUGGCUAAACUGAGAGUGUCUUUUGUGUUGGUGGCUGUCGCUGUGGUGCUUAUUGCCAUGGAAGCCAGCUCUGUUCUGGGCCAAGGCAGUGGAAACGGAAAUGGGAAUGACUACGACGUAUUGCCACCACUAGCGACGGGACAGGAGCAAUGCAUGUGCAAAGCGCAGGGAGCCUGUUUCUACAAGACGCUUGUUUGUCCACCAGAAUGCCCCGAGAGAAAGCCCAAAAACAACAAGAAAAAAAAGGGUUGCUUCGUUAACUGCGGAAGCAAGUGUGAAGUCACUUGCAAAAUUAGAAGAGGCAACUGUGAUGGUUAUGGAUCUAUCUGCUACGACCCUCGAUUUAUCGGUGGUGAUGGUGUAAUGUUCUACUUCCAUGGAGUCAAGGGAGGAAACUUUGCCAUUGUCUCGGAUGAAAACCUCCACAUCAACGCACAUUUCAUUGGGACUCGACCAGAAGGAAGGACUCGUGACUUCACAUGGAUUCAAGCAAUCUCAAUCAUGUUCGACAGUCACACCCUUGUUAUUGGAGCAAAGAGGGUUUCCAAGUGGAAUGAUAAAGUUGAUGCUCUCAUGGUGAAGUGGGAUGGUGAGUCAGUUGACAUCCCUGAAUAUGGAGGGGCCGAAUGGAGGACUAAUGGUGAGGACAGAGAGGUAAUCAUCGAAAGAACCGAUGAUGCGAACUAUGCAAGAGUUACGGUCUCUGAUUUGGUCGAGAUAACCAUUAGGGUUAGGCCUAUUGGAGAAAAGGAAGACAGGGUUCAUCAUUACCAUAUACCAGUUGAUGAUACUUUUGCUCACUUGGAGACACAGUUCACAUUUUCGAAAUUAUCGGAUCUGGUGGAAGGAGUUCUAGGGAAGACCUAUAGGCCAGGUUAUGUUAGUCGAGUCAAGAGAGGAGUUCCAAUGCCAUUGAUGGGUGGAGAGGAUAACUACAAAACUCCAUCACUCUUUUCACCUAUCUGCAAGGUUUGUAGGUUUCAAACUACUGCCCGUCAAUCUGGUGGGCUUGCAAUUACAACCGGAGUGGCUGCUUAA